GCGGGGCCCGAGUGGGCCGGCCUCGCGGCGUCUUCUCUGCCUGCCUGACCCGCUUGGCGCUGAUGCGCUCGGUUCUUCCGCUGGAUUUAGCGCAAUCCAGGGAGCGACAGACUCGGGACUAGAACAGCCGUUCAGUCCAACCCAGCGCACAUCGUUAUGACCUCAUUAUACAUUAGGUACCCUCUACUUGCCGCUUUCUCAGGUUAAUAUCUCUAUUUCUGUCCGACGAGAGUCAUACCUGCUUAUUUGAUUGCUUAAUGACAUCUCCACUUGGAUGCCUCAAGGUUUUACCAAACCUAAAACUUCCGAAAUAGCGCUUUCGAUUUAAACCCUUUGCCUCUCCAGCCAGUUCGUUCUUUAACCUCCUUCUCAGUAAAGGAAUCCACCAUUCAUCCACCUGCUCAAGCCAGAAACUCAAGGGUCAUCCCAGACACUCCUCGUGUCUCCGUGUACGAUUCCCCGUCGGGACUCCGGCACCUUUAAUCUCAGUCGCCGCCAGGCCCCUGUGCCCGGCUUCUUCCAGCCCUGCCCACUAAAAUCACGCCCCCAUCCAAGCCAUUUCUGUAGCCAAAAUCAGCUUGUAAAAACCAGAUCCAGUUAUUUUACUUCCCACUCUUUUUAAAAUCCAAACUCGUUCCCAUAGUUCACCUGUGAGCUAGAUCCAGCCCUGCCUACUUCUCUUUAAUCCCACAUUCCUAGUUCUCUUUCAUCACACUUUUAGUUCUCUGAAUAGCCAAGCAGACUAUCCGCCCCAAACCACUUCCCCUGCAGGGUUUGGGAGAACUGACUCCUUUUUUGAAAGAAGUUCUACUGUAGGCAAAAUGCUAUCAGGCAGCAUCACACACUAGAGAAAUCAUUUGUGAAAGGACGAGUCAGUCCAUAUGGCAAACUUCAUCGUUGCCACAGCCUCCCCAGCCUUUAGCAACCACCACCCUGAUUAGUCAGAAGCCAUCAAUAGACCUAAUAGCAAAAAGAUUAAGACGGGCUGAAAGCUCGGAUGAUGUAGCGAUUUUUAGCCAUGAAAUAUUUUUAAACUAAGGUAUGUACACUUUUUAGACAUGCUAUUGCAUACUUUAUAGACUAUAGUAUAAACAUAACUUUUUAUAUGCACCAAGAAGCCAAAAAAUUCAUUUGACUCUAUUGCAGCAGUCUGGAACGCAGCAGGCAAUGUGUUCGAAGUAUGCCUGUACACACAUGUAUUUUAAGGAAUUGGCUCGUGAUUACGAGGGCCGGCAAGUCUGAAAUUUGUAGAAGUGGAGCACAGGCUGGAAAUUCUAGGAAACGAUGUUGCAGUCUUAAGUCCAAAUUCUGCAGGCUGGACACUCAAACAGUGUUACAAUCUUGAGGCAGGAUUGCUUCUUAUGGAAACCUCAGUCUUUGCCCUUAAGAGUGGAUUUGCAAAAAAACCUACAGCUUUGUACUCCAUCUUCUACCUACUUCAUCUAAUCAUCACAAUUCUGCUGAGACAGGUGUUAGUAUAUUUAAUUUUAGAUGAAGGAGCCCAGUCUCAGAGAGAUGGUGAUUUGCUAAGAGUCCCCAGUUAGUAAGAGGCUUUCUUUAAGGUUAUCUGUUCUGUGCAGAGCUGUCUUUCAAUAAGAGGCAGUCCUUGCCCUUAAGAUGCUUUUGGAUCAGGCUAUACUCUCCCAUCCUUUAUUUAAGGCUGCUUGCUCUCACAAGUGCCUUCAGAGAGGAAAUAGCUGGUCAGGGACAGCACUGUCACGUGCUAGGCUCAGUAGAUGGACUCCACCACCCAGGAGAUGGCCUGGUGUUCUUGCCUCUAGCCAGUGUCUCCUGAUUUCUUGUCUAUGCCCCAGAGAAAAGCUUCUCUUUAAACAUUCCUCUUCACACUUCUGCUUCCUUAAAACCUUUUAACUACCAGAUAUUUACUGAGUACAUAGCUUGUGCCCAGCACUGGUCUGUGUUCUGAGAGAUACAGCAAUAACCAUAGUAGAGCCCUUCCCUUGUAGAGCUCACAUUUGAGCACAGCAAUGGGCAGGAAAGCAGUGGGGAAAUGUAUCUAUAAGGGUGACAGGUACUGUGAAAAGAAGAAAUAGCAGGACAGCGGUGGUUGGAAGAGGGAAUCUUCUUUCUCUGAGAAGACGGGUCCCUUCUUUACGCUCAUGUCCUGCUCUCCCUCCCCAGUCUGGAGAUGUAUCUGUCUUGCUGGAAAAUGAGAUUUUUCAUUAACUUAGUGAAGAAAGUAUGACAUUCAGGUGACUGGAAAGGCAAAUAAUGCAGUAUGUAAAGUAAACAAAACCAGAGCUUCUGAAAGCAGCAUUUCCCACACACUUAAGUAACAUAAUACCAAAAUGUGUUUGGGUUUCUAUAGAGCAGUUCCCUUUAUCAGGGAGCCAACUUUCAUCCUGAUUAUCUCCGGUGCUUUUGUUUGGCUUUUGCUCACCCAAGCCCUCCAGAGCCAUAUAAAAAGACCUAAGAGAGCCUGGCUGAAGUUUCUCUUGCAGGAAGGCCCCAGUUCGGGACUCUGGAAAGGGCGGUAUCUUUUGUUCCAGUUCACAAUGGAUUGGCUUCAGUUCUUCUUCCUCCAUCCUGUAUCACUUUAUCAAGGGGCUGCUUUUCCUUUUGCACUUCUGUUUAAUUAUCUCUGCAUUAUGGAUUCAUUUUCCACCCAUGCCAGAUACUCCUUUCUCCUGGCUGGAGGAGGCGCCCUGGCCCUGGCUGCCAUGGGUCCCCUGGCCAUGCUUGUCUUCACCCCUGCCCUGUGUGCCGUGGUUCUGAUGCACAGCCUCAGCCCGCAGGAGGUGCACAGGUGGGCUUUCGUCUUUCAGAUGAGCUGGCAGACACUGUGUCACCUCGGUCUGCAUUACACUGAAUAUUACCUGCAAGAACCUCCUUCCACGAGGUUCUUCAUCACUCUUUCUUCCCUCAUGCUCUUGACCCAGAGGGUCACAUCCCUUUCUCUGGACAUUUGUGAGGGGAGAGUGGAGGCAGCAUCAGGAGGCAUCAGGAGCGGCAGCAGCUCUUUGGCUGAGCAUCUGUAUAAGGUGCUGCCCUACUGCAGCUACUUGCUCUUUUUCCCUGGUCUUCUAGGAGGCCCUCUGUGUUCCUUCCAGAGAUUUCAAGCUCAUGUUCAAGGGUCCAGCAACCUGUGUCCCAGGCACUCUCUUUGGGCUCUGAGCUGGAGGGGUCUGCAAAUUCUGGGACUGGAGUGCCUGAAGGGGGUCACGAGAGGGGUGCUGAGUGCAGGAGCAGGACUGACUGACUGCCGGCAACUGCAGUGCAUCCAUGUCAUGUGGUGCACAGCCGGGCUCUUCAAACUCACCUACUACUCCCACUGGGUCCUGGAUGAUGCCCUCCUCAGGGCAGCAGGCUUUGGAUCCCCUGGAGAGGAGGGAUACAUCCCUGAUGCGGACAUCUGGACACUGGAAACAACUCACAGGAUAGCCCUGUUCACCAGGAAGUGGAACCAAAGCACAGCUCAGUGGCUCAGGCGCCUCAUAUUCCAGCGCAGUAGGGCCUGGCCGCUGUUGCGGACAUUUGCCUUCUCUGCCUGGUGGCACGGACUCCAUCCAGGGCAGGUAUUUGGUUUCCUCUGCUGGGCUCUGAUGGUGGAAGCUGACUAUCUGAUUCACACCUUUGCCAAUUUGUCGAUCAGAUCCUGGCCGAUGCGGCUGCUCUAUAGAGCUCUCACAUGGGCCCACACCCAGCUCAUCAUUGCCUAUAUAAUGCUGGCCGUGGAGGUCAGGAGCCUCUCCUCUCUCUGGCUGCUGUGUAACUCUUACAACAGUGCCUUUCCUGUGGUGUACUGUAUUUUGCUUUUUCUAUUAAUGAAGAGAAAGCAUAAAUUUAACUGACAUUUUUCCCCAGCCUUCAUCUACAUCCAUGAAACAGUUUAUAAAGUGCCAGGUGGUACACUGGUGAUGCAUACGUUCCAACUUUUCCAUAAUAAAAAGGUAUUUUUUUAAAUAUUGGAUGUACAUGAUGUCUUGUCAUAGAAUUUUGUGCAUCCACCUUAACCACCUAUUACAGUGGCACUGAGGAUCCAAAGAAGAAAAAGACAUGGUUUCCUCCCUUAGGGUUUACACCUUAGGUGUUGAAGCAAAGUUGAAAUGAAAUGACACAUAAAAACAUAAGGUACUAUGACCCAAAUGGCAAAUGGUACAUCUGCGGACAUGUAAAAAUGGAGUGUGCAUUUGGUCCAGCUGAUCCUGGAAUGUGAGUUUAACAAGACAAAGAAAACAGUGAAACAAAACUUAAAUCAUAUUAUCAUACUGGUUUGCUCCAGGAACUAGAGACUCAUAUGCUAUCCACAGUAACAUGAAGAAUUUGGCCUGAGAACAGAAAAGCGGGGAUUGUCUUGGCAAUGUUAAUAAACUGAAAAUGCAGCUAGGAUUUGAUAACUGCUAUUGUUAAAUACAAACCUGAAAACCUGAUUCAUGAAAUAAUUCACAUGAAGAGACCAAUAGUUAAGUCAACACUGUUGAAGUAAAACAUUGAGGGUCUGGUUUCUUUUUCUUGGCAUAUCCAAAAUAACUCCCUCUGCUUCUUCCUCUGAGGGGAUAUAAAGUGUAACGAGAGAAAGAUGGCAGGACCUCCAAGUGACAGUGAAGCAAUGUCAUUAACGAGCACUUUCCCAGUGUCUCUGCAGGCCACCUGGGCUCUUACAUAAUUACUAUUUUUCUUUACAUCAGUUUUAACUCAGCUUACUUUCAAAAAUGUGCCCUCUUUCUAAGCAAUGACAUUGAUGAAAACUGUGGUUUUUUUAGUAUAUUUAUCAUAUUUCCUAGUACUCACUAAAAAAAUACAUAUGUGUUUAAAUGAAUAACGUUUAUUUGUGCACUGCUAAAAAUCAUCCACUUACCCCAGGAUUACACCCAUCCCACAACAGGAGGCACUGCAGUUUCUAAGCCUCCAGAACCAAUCAUUUUCAUCUUUCUCCAAAUAUAAAACGGCAAGUAAGCUUUUAAUCUUUAAAACCUGACAAAGAUAAUACUAAGUUAGAAGGUAUGGAUCACUGAGAAAGUCCUGUCAGUAUCACUCACUAGCAUUCAGGCAAACAAGCAGCCCAGUCUUAGUGGACAGAACAUCACAAGAGCAGCGAGGGCCUGGAAGAGGGGGCGUGAAUCUGUGGCGGCCUUAACCAGCACUUCUCUGCUUUCCCUCACUGCACUCGACCGUCCCCCCGAGGAGAUGGCAUUGACAAAUGGGGUUCCCAAGGCUGGAGACAGUCAAGGGGGGAAACAGUGAAUAGCCACGGGGGCACUAAAGGACUCUUAAAAGCAUACAAACCAAUCACCGAAAUGAUGACCCUCAGAAUCCACCCCAGAGACCAAGUGGGAUGGUGGUGGUAGGGGUGCUGUAAAUGGGGAGACAAGCUAAAUAAUCACUGCAGCAUUAGUAUAAAAGAAAAAGUUCCAACAUUAGGAGAAUGGUUAAGCAAAUUAUGAGGGAUUGUUACUUGUAAUAGUGUGCUUUAAAACUACUACUUUUUGAUAAUGAGAAAACUGUUAUAAUAGUAAUAAAAAAGGAAAGAACAGAAAAGUUUAAUGCAAGAAUAAAAUGAGCGAAUAUUCUUGAAAAUAGGCAAUUGCUUAUUUAACAGUGUGGAUGGUAAUUUAUAUCAAGCACAUUAGCACAUAACUGAAUCUAAUAAUGAAAAUCACAAGUUGGACACCAACCACUUUCCCCAGUGGAACUUGUGGGGGAGGGUGGGAGAGUACAUCGCGUGGUGCAGACACACUCACUACCAACCCGUCCUGACUCCACCUCGAGAACUGGUAAAGAGCAAAGAGGAACCAGACCUUUUGUGAAGGUAGAAAUGGAGCAGAGUUGAUAAGGAUAAGUAGAAGGAAAGGACUAUAAAUGAGAAAGGGGAGAAUGAAGAGAAAGGAGCCAAGUAGCAAGAAACACUAGACUCAAAGGAUUUAAAUCAGAAGUUAAAGUAUAGGACAUGAGGUUUGGGGGCAGAAGGACAAGAGUGUGAAGAAAAGAAGGGUGUGGUCUGUCUUGUAGGAGUUUACUUCCCCACCUCUUCAGGUCAGGCGUGGGUGUGCGGCUUGCUCUGGUCACCGAAAUGGGGGCAGAGGUGGUGUGUACCCCCAGGCGGAAGUUCUAAGAGCCAAUGUGUGGUCUCCAUGCUGUCUCCAAGAGCUUGUCGUGUUCCCAGUGGAGGGUGCUGUCGGCGCAGGCACGGCCCGUCUGCCACACACACGUGGUGAGUGAGAAAUGAAACUUUGUUGUUCUAUGUCCGGAGAUUUGGGCAUCCUUUGCUACUGCAGCACACCUGAGCCUAUCCUGACUGGUACCAGAAGCUCUUCUAACACAUUCUGAUGGUUACUUGUAAUCAGCCUAGACAGAGAUCAAAAUCCAUUUUCUUUGUGAAGCAUUCUGUCUUCCCUUCUGCUGUCGCACAGUUCUACUCACCCAGCCACUCUGUAGACAGAGCACAGUGGAGAUCUCUGAGAUGCUUUUGUUUGUUCUCACUAUACCUUCCACUUCAUGUACUUUGUAGGCCUGGUGCGUGGUUCCAGCAGUCUGUAGAAUGAAUAAAUGCCCAUGCGGACUCUGCAGUGUUCCAGGUGGGAAUCCAAAACAUCACGUUAACACGUGAUACUGGGUACAGCUUCCCCCUUUCUUCUUGGCCAAGCAGAUAGCAGGCCCCAGGUUCACUCUCUCAGGACACGAUGCCACUGGCAAGAGAACACCUUGCAAAAAAAGGUUUAUCCUUUUUCUCUGUAUCUUUUAAUCAAAUCCACUGUGAUAGGAGGAAGAGGAUCUGUGGAAAAGCAAAAUGGUGUUUUCUCCAAGAUUUGAUCCAGGGGAAUCCUAAUUGGGUUUGGGUGCAAAAUAUGUAAAAUAUCCUGAAACUUCAUCAGCCUGACUCUGUACACUUGGUCCUUUGGGCCAGUAAAUGGUGCAGUAAUAUUAAAACUGUGAACAUGGAGCUUCUUUUGCUCUGUUGACUUUCCUCAGGAGUAGAUUCUGCGCAUUUGCUUCCGUCCAUUGGUCACUCCUGAGCUGCCUGGGAGCCCACCUUUGCUGCUAAGACCCUUAGGCAGUUUGUGGC